AAAACCCCUCCCCAAAACCCCCUGUUUCUCUCUCCCUUAAACCCUUUCUCUCUCUAAAACCCCUGUAUCUCAGUUUUUGCUUCAAAAUCUUGACGGCGGUGAUGUCGCCGGAGACAAACUCUUUAUAAUUAGCCGACUAUUCAAUUUCAAUCCGAUCAUCAUUUCUUGAUCGCUAAAAAUGUCCAAACUGUCGAAGCUAAAUGUAUCGAACCCGAAGGUGUGGGUGGUGAUAGGUGUGGGCCUUGCCGGAGUUUUGAUCCUCGCCGAGGUACAUCGCCGCCGUCUCAACGCCAAGAGCAGCGUUAAUGAAGAUUUUGGAGCUUUUGUUGAGCGCUUCGAGCUCCUUCCAUCUCCUCAGCCUCCUCCGCCGGCUGCUCGCCUUCCGCUCUCUGGUCUCACCUUCGCUAUCAGUGACAACUUUGAUGUGAAGGGCUACAUAACGGGAUACGGAAGUGUAGAUUGGAAGAGGACACAUGAGGCAACAUCAAAUACUGCUGAAGCGGUGAAGACAAUGCUAAGAAGUGGGGCAACCUGUGUAGGAAAGACAGUCAUGGAUCAGCUUGGUUAUGGAAUAUUAGGGGAAAACAAAAACUACGGGACUCCAAUCAACCCCAAGAAGACAUCUUAUGUUCCUCGAGGAUCAUCUAGUGGAUCCGCAGUGGCUGUUGCUGCCCAAAUUGUAGAUUUUGCUCUGGGCAUCGAUUCAGUUGGCUGUAUAAGAGUACCAGCAUCAUUUUGUGGUAUCUUUGGAUUCAGGCCAUCUCAUGGACUUGUGUCUACAGUUGGUGUCUUGCCAAACUCCCAAAGCUUGGAUACUAUUGGAUGGUUUGCAUCUGAUCCAUCCUUGUUGCAUUGUGUGGGACAUGCUCUUCUUCGUUUAAGUCCCCUUGAGCCUAAAAGGACCCGGCACAUAAUUAUAGCUGAUGACCUUUUCCAGUUGUCAAAGAUUCCCCUUCAGAAGACUGUCUCUGUUGUGAGCAAAGCAAUGGAGAAAUUAUCUGGCUACGGUAAACUUAAACAUAUUCAAUUUGGUCAGUACAUUGCUUCAAAUGUCCCCAGCCUGGAACUUUUCUGUGAAGAAUCGACAAACAAGCAAACUGCAGCUACUUUAAGAGCAUUGUCUUCAGCGAUGCUAUUGCUGCAAAGACAUGAGUUCAAAAUCAAUCAUGAAGAGUGGGUUAAAUCCACCAAACCGAAACUAGGCUCUGAUAUCUCUAAUCGUGUUUGGGCAGCAAUAAACACAACCCAAGAGAAUGUCAAAAGUCUGUAUAAAGUGAAAGUAGAAAUGCGAGCAGCUCUACGGAGUCUCUUGAAGGAUGAUGGGAUAUUAAUAAUUCCCACAGUGUGUGAUCCCCCAUUCAAGCUGAAUUCCAAAACAAGUCUCCUUGCUGAGUUCCAUGACAGAACAUAUGCUUUGUUGGGCAUAACAAGUAUGUCUGGAGGUUGUCAGGCGGCGAUUCCACUCGGGACACAUGAUGACUCUCCAGUUUCUAUAUCACUUGUUGCAUCACAUGGGACUGAUAAAUUCCUACUUGAUACUGUCUUGGAUAUGUAUUCCUCUCUUCAACAAGAAGUCAGCAUCAUAUCCAGCUCCUCUCCGCUGCCUGAUGCAAACAGUAACAUGGAUACUGCCGAACUUCUUAAAGAAAAGGGUAAUGCCGCUUACAAAGAAAAACAGUGGAAUAAGGCUGUCAGUUUUUAUACUGAGGCAAUAAAAUUGAAUGAUGCAAAUGCUACCUACUAUUCCAAUCGGGCAGCUGCUUAUUUAGAGUUGGGAUGCUAUCAGCAAGCUGAAGAAGAUUGUAGCAAGGCAAUAUCUCUGGAUAAAAAGUAUGUGAAGGCCUAUUUGAGACGAGGGACAGCUAAAGAAUCACUGCUUUUCUACAAAGAAGCUAUUGAAGACUUCAAGCAUGCACUAGUUCUCGAACCACAAAAUAAGGUCGCCAGUCAAGCGGAAAAGAGGCUGAGGAAAUUAAUUAGUUGAAUCUUCUGCUGCUUCAUCUGAUUUUUGAGGUUGGACAUACCGAACAGCUGUUGUUAAGGUAACGAUUCUUUAAUUAGGAAACAAUUUCAGAGUUUAAGGUGGCUAAUGGUGUAACGAACUCUACGAGAACAUUAGAUAAAUCAGUUUAGCCAUUUCAUUUUGAGAUAUGUAUAUACAUAUACGUAGUUUACCUUCAAGAAUGGAUUUCUCUUCGACAUAUAAGAACCCAUAUUUGUGUUU